AUGCUGGUUCUUGCGUGUACACUUGUCUGGCUUCUGUGUGACUACUUGGUGCAGCGGCUUUGCCCGUUCCCAGCGGCGGAGGAGGCUGAGAAGCUGUACCUUGGCGAUGAGUUGCAUGAGGCAAGCUUGUUUCUCUCCGUGGCAUUCGCCUUUGCUGUUGCUGGUACUCGCGGAGCUGUAAUGCCGUUGCUUUGGUUGACAAGUCUUCUUGCCAUGGGCUGGCUUUGCGAGAAGCACUUGGAACACUCGGCCUGUAGUGCACAGGUGGGAGAACCUGCAUUGCCCCCUGGUUCGAGGGGUGUUGGUGACAAUGCUGUUGUGGACGACGUUUCUUUCGUGCCGCUGCCCUGGACAUUGUCACUGCCACCACGUAGAGUCGACUCUUUGCCAAAAGAGGGUCCGAUUAGAGCCGGUGCUGCGCCUGUGGUGCAGGCCAGCUUUGCUUUGUUUCAAGUGCCGACUCCCCUGUUUCAUGUUUGCCAGAGCCAUGACGCACGAAUGGUUUCGUGGGACAGCCGAGCAGUUUUUGCAGUUUUGUUCUUGGUGCACCUGCAGGAUUGGACGGUUCGAAUCAUCGAUGGCCUUGAAGUUGACAUCGAGGAGCCUGACUUGUACAUUCCGACCAUGGGUUUUGUCACUUAUGUGGUGCUGUAUGGCGUCGUGCGGGGCAUCCAGGAGACGUUUGCUCCCGAAGUGCUCUCUGCGACUAUCAGCUCUGCUUUGGUCAUUCUUGUUGUUGAGAUGGCCUUGAUGAAGGGAGCCCUCUUCAUGGCUGGAGCUGUCAACACGCCAACACUAGAUCUAUUGGCCUUGCUUGGGUACAAGUUUCUGUACUUGUCACUACAUCUUGGCAUCGGCCUCCUCUUGGGACAUGGCCGGAGACCAUCAGGUAUUGUUUAUGGCUUGCUGGUCAGCGGCCUGCACGUCAGCUGCGCCAUUGCCCUUUGGCAGGCAUUGAGACGUCUUGCUCGGUUGCAGCCAUCUCAUGGGCAGGAAUGCGUUACGGACAUGCACCAAAUGUGCAUCAAGGUGCUUCCGAUCCUACAAUUGGCUGUGUGUCCUGCUGGCCCGUUUUUCGAUGUGGGAUGCCAGCAAGCCCUGCACCGAAGAGCCCCCGAACUUCAGAAUGGAGAGACAGACGAGAAUCACGAGGGGUCGGGCCGAAACGAUUCAAAAGGCCAUAAGGCCAAGACAAGUCUCAAGGGGCCCAGCUGCCACAAGGGCAUUUUUAAGCUGAUGAUGGCAGGUUGGCUGCUGCUUCCAUCGUGGCCGAAGGCAUUAGCCGUCAACUCUCCAGAGGAGGCCAGAGCAACCGGCAAAAAGCACCACAGCUUAAAGCUGGCCAGAGCUGUGCCGGAAGGUCACCAUUGCGAUGACGACAAUUGCGGCAUCAGUGGCAUCAGUGGUGAGUGGGAAUGUGAGUGCAGUGUAAUGCUUGAUGCCAGGAAGCCCGUGAGGCCUGGUUUCGUGAAGGUUCUUCCCAUCGGAGACAGGCGCAUUCUGGGGUUCAUCGGUGGCAAAGCUUCCGCCGGUGAUGUUCUGGAGGACCAGGGCAUGACACGUGAGGAUGGUGAGACGUGCCUGGAGCGCGAACUGGGCCUUCCAGUGCCUCUCAGGCUGAUACUGCUCAUCCCAGGUGACAUAUUGACCCUGCAGCACCCUGAGCGAGGUCCCGAGAACUUUCACGCUCUGAUCGUACGUUGCCUUGAGACAGUCGAGACCGAAUUGGCCAAGAAGGCUGACGACCUUGAUGAAGCAGCUGAGACGGUCCUUGCUAAUGCACUCUUUGCAGUGAGCCUAGCUGGCCUACUUGGAGAGCACAUACCGGGUUUGAGGGCGUGCGAGGUGGAGGUUUGUGCGCAGUUCACGCAUGGGAAGGCGCCUCACGAAGCAGCCAAUGCAUCCUUCGUGGAGACUUUGUGGACAGUGCCCCUUCCUAAGUCAAAAGUCGCCAUUCGUCCUACAAACGCCUUUGCGCAGGUAUCUGCAUCUGAGACCAAGCCGCUAGGAGAGCGCAUUGCCGACUCUGCACUGCGGGCGCUGUGCAAUCGGCCUGAUUGGAUUCACCGGAAUCUUCAGGCUGAUGAGGCGGAGGAGGUCGAUGGCAUGGUGCCGGCUUUGAUAUGGUACGCCCGUUGGUUUUCCUUCAGAGGUGAUAUGAGCAUCCUGCCAAGUGUGGCCAGCCGGCGCCCGCAGGAGCUUCUAAUUUCUCGGAAGUCCAUCCCCGAGGAAGAAGGUGCACCUGUGCAGAAUGUAUUUCGAGACAUGCUCGCAGCAGUCAGCUCUCCGGGUGAGGUCGAAUUCAUGGUGGAAGGCAUCGUGACUUUGCUCGGCACCGUGAGCAAGGAAAAGGGAAGCUACCUACCGAGUUCGAUGAGGUUGCCGCCCUUUCUGCCAGAGCUCCUCGUUCUCGUUCUCCACCUCACGGCCUGCCCAAAGUUCGUGGCAGGCCACCUGUUCCAUCCUGUUCCACUUGCUGGACUUCCAGACUUGUCUCUGGUGAGCUUCACGAGUGCAACCAAGCUAACGGCAGCUUUGGCAGCCACCUUUGAUGAGCUGGAGGGUGGGGUGGAAAGGACGGGCGAGGCCAGCGGGGCGGGAGGGGCCGGAUGCAUUGGAGAUACUUCUCAGCCUUUGGCGUGCAACGACGUGGUGGAGGCUUUGAAGAGAGCUGAGUUCACCGAUGUCGAGAUCUUUGCUGAUGCUUAUGGUGGUCGCCCAUGGAUUGUGAGGUUCGCUAUGAAUGGUGCUACUGGCACCUUGGCUAUGGUGAUCGAGGCCGAAGCACACGCGUCGAGGAGGGCAGUGGAGCAAGGCACCAAACGGGCGGAAGGUGAGAUCGUUAGCCUCAUCGAGGGCAUCUUGCUCGCCGCGAACCAGGCCCCGGAGCACGUUGACGAGACUGCACUGAGCCUGAUCGAGGCGGCGAUUCUCCUCAACCUCACCUCGUAUCGUGAAGUCUGCGUGGAGUUGGACGAGGACUUCGAUGGCAGCUUGCCAGAUAGCAUCCCUGAUUUCGAGGGUACUGGGGCCGACUUCGUGGCCUUGGCGGCGCUUGCCCAGGCCAACGAGAACCUCAGUAAGUGCAAGGCGAGCAAAGUCCAUGACAACAUCGUGCAGAUGAGCCUCUUCACGUUGGCCAACGUGUCAACAUUUGCUGACGGCCUCUGCAUGGAAGUCACGUCGCGCCUGUUCUCCUUGUUCGAGCGAUGUGUAAAGUCGCUCCAGCUGUCUCGAGAAAGGCUGGGCUUUGCGAGCCACUUGCCCAUACUGCUGGAAGCCUUCGACAAUGCACUCCAGUAUAGGUAUGGCAGCAACACCAACCUGGCUUAUGGCCUGAUGACGAGACAGGCCAUCUUUCGGGAUCUUGUUUCCCUGGUGCCGCAGGUCCAAUGCCACAUCGAUCUGGAUGGCGAUGGAAGUAAAGACACGCAGCAAUGGCAGCAGCGUGUUGAGGAGCACCUGCAUCCAAUAGCAAUGCUCUUGGAUGCAACUGUGCCCAUGCUGGAAGCGGAGGUGGAGAAGCAGGAGAUAUCGAACUCAGAUGAAGCCAAGGAGCUUCUUCCAAGGUGUAUUCUGGGACUGAUGCCGCCGCCGCAUGCCUUCCAGAUGAGGCAUUUGCAGCGAUGUGCCGCCUCGCACCUGACCUGCGAGCACGUCCUUGCGGCUUGCCUCGGCGACGGUCCCGCCUGCCCCUUGUGGGAAGUCGAGGACGUUCAAUCAAGCGUGGAGACUACCGACCGAAACCGCCGAUACCCACACAGAAGCAUGCAGGAGGAUGCUGACGAUGCGCAACAGGCGCUGCACAGAAGGAGCAGUUGUAGACUUGGAAGACCCAGAGCUUGA